CAGCACCCGCCCCCGUCAAGGCUUCGUAUCCUAGGGCGCCGCCCUCCUGGACGAAGCAGCCCUGGUGGGGAUCGACUGCUCUCUGCCGCUGACACCGUCGGCAGAACCCGGUGUAGGGAUAACCCGGUGGCAGGGAAGAAGUCAGGCAUGGACAUGGUGUGUGGGGUGUUUCUUACGGUGUUGAGAAGCUCCUGCUGCUGGGCCGAGGAAGAACUAUGUCGGUGGUGCUUGCGCGGCCGAUUUAUUUUGCACAUUCCAAGUGAAGAGAGAGAUAAUGCAAUCAGAGUGUGUUUUCAGAUUGAACUUGCCCAUUGGUUUUACUUGGAUUUCUAUAUGCAAAACACACCAGGAUUACCUCAGUGUGGGAUAAGAGACUUCGCUAAAGCUGUCUUCAAUCACUGCCCCUUUUUACUGCCUCAAGGUGAAGACGUCCAAAAGGUUUUAGACGAGUGGAAAGAAUACAAAAUGGGAGUACCGACCUAUGGUGCAAUUAUCCUCGAUGAAACGCUUGAAAGUGUUCUUUUGGUUCAGGGCUAUUUAGCAAAGUCUGGUUGGGGAUUUCCAAAAGGGAAAGUAAAUAAAGAAGAGGCUCCCCAGGAUUGUGCUGCUAGAGAGGUGUUUGAAGAAACUGGGUUUGACAUAAAAGAUUAUAUCUGCAAAGAAGAAUACAUAGAGCUGCGAAUUAAUGAUCAGUUGGCACGCCUGUACAUCAUUCCAGGAGUUCCCAAGAGCACAAAAUUUAACCCCAAAACUAGAAGGGAAAUUCGGAAUAUUGAGUGGUUUUCAAUUGACAAAUUACCAUGCCACAGAAAUGACAUGACCCCAAAGUCCAAGCUGGGUUUAGCACCUAACAAAUUUUUUAUGGCAAUUCCCUUCAUCAGACCACUGAGGGAAUGGAUUUCCCGAAGGAAUGGAGAUUCCUCAGAUAGUGACAAUGGAUUUUCAUCUACAGGGAGCACACUCUCCAGGCCCAACUUGGAAAAAGCUAGAUCCAAACUUCGCUGCAGUCAGCAGGUAUUUACAGAUGGCUUUUCAGGAGAGCAGUGUGUGAAGCCAAAACAGCCACAAAAGCCAUAUAAUCAUACUGAGAUGGCUGAAGUUUUGAAAAUAAAGCAAAGUCAGAACUUGAGGAGCAACGGCAGAAAACAGUAUCAAGACAUUCCCACCCAAAAGAAGCGAACAAAUGGAGCCCAUAGCCAACCAGUUAAGCCAAAUCAUACCUUGAAAUGUGAAAAAAGGCUUAAUCCAAGAAGACUUCAAGAUAACUUUGAAACAGAUGCAGCGUACGAGAUGUGUUGCUCCAUUGAAGAUCCACUGACAGAACAAGUGGACAGACAAUCUGUGGCAUGCAAUGGCCAUUACAAAUUUGCUUUCUCAUCAAGAGCUUUCUUGAGUUUCAAGUUUGACCAUGAUGCCAUAAUGAAAAGUUUUGACCUCUGACAGCACACUUAUUAAGAACAAAAAUUAGACUUGCCUGUUGCAAUUGAGGGGGGUUUUUAUCCAGCCUUACUCUUUCUCAGGAGUUGUUUUGUUUUACUUUGUUUGGUUUUAAAUGCAAUGCAGGGACUGACUGGUGGUUUGGAAGGGUUUGUUCUUUGUAGUAUGGGAGUGGCAUAGUCAACUGUUGCACUUUAAAUGCAGUAUAGCCUUUGUCCACGGAAGUACCUUUCCAGUGUUCAGUUCACUUGUUCCUAGCUGUGCAUUAAAGGGCAUUCUUUUUUUUUUGUAGUUAUUAAACUUGCCAACUCUUUUGUAGAAUGUCACUGAUUUUAAUUUUUUUUAACUGUUAAGAGCAUACCAGCUUGCUAAAACUGCAACUGCUCUGAUGUAAAUUAUUGGACCCAUUAAGUCAUUUUGUGUAGUACAUUGCAGUAUUAUGGCAGUGGCAAUGAAACGAACUGAUUCUCAGAGGACUUCUUUGUCCUAGUGAUUUUGAAACCAAGUUGCACAUUUCAAACCUAGCCUCAGCCUGUCAUCCUUUCUCUGUCGGUUGCUUGCCCAAAGUAACUUCUUCACAUGGAGAGCUUCUGAUGGCUUGCAGUCAGUAGUAUUUGGAGCCAAAUGCAUAGCAUGUUGACUUCCUUUACCUACUCUGCCUCUGUCUUAAGUAAAGAUAUAUAAUUUACUUAGGUAAAGAAUGGCAGAACUUAGGUGUUCAAAGUGUCUAGUUUCAACUCUUACGCACUGUCCCCAGCUGGGUAAGAAGCUGUGAAAUGUUGUGUUAUCCCAGUUGCAGCCACUUUCAAGAAAGCAAAGCUUAAGCUUUGUCUGUGAGAGGUUACUUGUGUAGAAUUUAUACUGAAUGUAAAUAAGCCUCUGUAGAUCUUGCUGAGGAGGAAGGCAGGUGCAUGGAUAAUAGAGUCAUUGUGUGACACUAAAUGGCUUAAUCAGGCUUGCAGUAACUAUUGUAAGGGUGUCCAAUAUUGUAUUCUCUGCUGUUGUCCUCAGUUCUCUUGUGUAGUGUAUGCUCUGUAUAUAUCCAGUAGUAUUGAAUUGCACUGGCAGUUAGCAUUUGAAUGAUGUAGCCUCAGUUAUUUUCAGCUACAAAGCUCUCUUAGUUAAAAAUAUUAAAGAUGGGGGGGGAAUCACACCCCAGAAUUAUGGUGACAAAUGGUUAAAUCGCCUUUGUGAUCCAAGUUAAGGGGUUCUGAACAUGUGCUUUGCAGUUGAGAGAAAUGCACUGAAAUAAUCUGUCACUGCAGCUUGUGGUAGCAAGCAUGUUGUCCCAGGUUUAAAAAUGGACUUUUCUCUAAAAUGACCGUAAUUAGUAACUUCAUAGGUUGAAUGAACUACACCCUUGUCUCAUCACAGUGUAUUGCUCAUGCACUGUGUCUUUAUGCAAUUUGUGUCAUCCAAAAAAAAAAAUCCUGGUCUUCCUUCAGCCACCUUACUUCAUCUGCCCUGCCUAAUCUGUUAACUAGUGCUUUUCCUCAGAAAUAGCUUUAGAACUCUCUUCUGGUUUAUUUACUUGCCUGGCAUCAGGUGGUUUGGGACUCUUAAUCCUGUAAUAAUCUUGGUGGUAGGAAUGCUGGACUUCUGUAUCAGGCAAGAGGAGAAACAGACUGCAGCAUUUCCUCCCUCUGGAAGACCUGAGGUCCUGAGGGCCUUGUCUUCCAAGACCAAACAGUGGAAUAGCUCAAUCUAGCUCUGUCUCACUUUGUAAAAAAAAAAAAAAAAAAAAAAA